GAAAUUUCACAAACGUGAAUUCUCCAGGUAUUCUUGGUCGGUCCUAGAUUCGAAGGACGGAUAGAAAGCGCGAUCGUUUAAGCGCGUGAAAGUCGGUUUUCCCUUACGAUAAGAGAGUUUGAUGGGGAGCAGACGAGUACAGAUAAGGCUGGCUGGCAGACACUUGGGCGUCCCGAGGAGAGACGCGAACGUAAACGCUAAAGAUAGCGCAAUACGCGCUGUCCCUCGCUCAAAUCCGUUUCUUGGCCGAUCUUUUAUCAAGUUUCGCCGCGGACUUCUCGAUGAUGCGUAAUUUUCAAUAAUCCAAACCGUUUUAAGCACGUAUGCGCACGUAUGCACGUAUUUCUCCUCCUUCGAUCAAGCGGGACGAGUGCCUUGAACUGUUCUCAGCUUAAGAGUGUGAUAGUGUUGUAGUGUUUCUCGAGAGGGGUUUGAAAUAAUAACGUGAAGGAACAAGUGGGUGGGUGGCAAGAUUGAUAGCCGGGGAUAAGGAUUAUGUAUUUUUCUCUGUGAAAAAUAUUGCGCGAGAUUAUUGUCUAUUUAUAGAAAAAAUGAAAACUUGGUAUAGAUGAAUGGAAAGUAGUGUUGGGAUGAUUUUUUUAAGUUUUAAGAAGCGAUGAUUUUCUUCCUCUUUUUUCCCCUAGUGUUAAUAAAAUUUAACAGGAUGAUGGUAAGUUUAUCGGGGAAAAUGUAAUAAUUCUUCACUUGAAGCAUAGUGUAAUGUAUGAUUCUUUUUUUUUCAUUUUCUUUUUGGUUGAAUAUAAUAAAAUAAAGAAAGAAGGGAAAAUAUAUGAGAAAUAUUUAGAGACGUUGUAAACUGGAUUAUUCCAUCUUUUUAGCUAUAAAAAAAAAAUUUGUAUCGACGUUCUAAUUUAUCACGAUAUUAUGAUUUUAGAAUCGUAGAACGUAGAAGUAGUUUUUCCCUAAAUCUUUUUCUCACAUAAAUCUCGUAAGAAAAAAGAAAAAAAAGAAAGAAAAAAAAAGAUGGAAAGAUCUUGUUGUUAAUGCUUAAUAAUUUAUUCUGCGAAACAAUCAAGCGUCCCGAAGGAAAAGUGAUAUAUACAAUGACAAAUGUACAUCUUUCAAAAUUUUAUAAUAACUAUCAAUCUUACGUAAGAGGGGACGUAUAUUCGUAUACCAUUUUUUCCUAAAUCUUUCAAUCGUAUCAAUAUCUCUAUUCUCGAUAUCGGUCAGAUUAGAUUAGAUUAACUUCUUCUUCUAAGUAUAACUCUGCCAUUUAUCAUUUUAUUUUAUUUUUUUUCUCUCUCGAAAGAGGAAUAGAUCGAUCGGAAAACGAAUAAACGAAAUAAAGUCGGGGCAAAGCUUUAAUAUUAAUAUUUUUCUUAGCUUGCAUCCUAGAAAUUCGCAUUCGUCGAUAAAUCAACCGGCGAUUUUCCGCUCGAAAAAAUAAAGAGACUCGGGCUCAGCUAGGCCAGCUUUGAUUUACGAUCACCAUAUAGGCGGCUCGAGGUGUGGCCCGACUUGCAUUAGAGAAUGAGUCUCUAGAAAUAGUCCCGGACGCGGAAUACAUCCCUAGAAAUAUUAGGCAAUGCCUUCAUGGCGAUUUUUAUCGUGCUACGUCAGUCGUAUAAAGAAAUGCCCUACAUUCUCGCUUUCGAAAAUCCUCCUGCCCCCCUCCACCUCCCUCUCCCUCUUUCCGCACGUUGCUUCGCUGAUGGAUUUUCGAACGUUGGACAUAUGGAUGUCACGUGGCUCACACGUGGAUUCUUCUUCCGUAUUUUUCGCAUAGAUCUUUUCAACUCUUCGAAUGUUCUCCGAUCUGUCAUCCUCUUCGAAAUCCUGAACCGAUUAUUUCUCGCAUCGUACAUUUUGAACAAACGCUGCCCCCGUUUAAAAGUAUUCCCUUCGAAAGGAAGGGAUCUCCCCGUCGAAAUACCGUGUGGUUACGCGUGGUUACAAUUGUAAAUUGUAACGAGGGAAAAAUUCGCGGCAGAGUUGCUUGAACCGACGAAUUUAGAAAUUGCAUGUUCGCCAGGAAUUUCUUAUAUGUUUGGCAAACAGAGCCGAUAUUCUCAACAGAAUCUCGUACGAUCCUUACUAUUUCUGUAAUAUCUUUAUCAUUAAUCCCAACGCAAUUAACAUCCUCAUCAUCCUCGUCGCAUCAAUCAUCAACUGCAUCCGAUUCAAUCCAAUUCAAACUUUACUCUCCACGAAACGGGGGAUUCUUUUUAGAUUCUUCCUUCUAGUUCGAUCACUAUCUUCCACUAUCUUCUUCAAUUCUCUUAAAAAAAAAAAAUAAAAAAUAAAAAAGAAAAUCUACUUUCCACGCAACGAGGACUCGAUUCUUCGAGAACUGGGGCGAAAAUUCUUACGAAAACUCUUACGUUUCCACCUCGUAUCCAUCCGUUAUAAACAAAUGCUCGAGACUAUCGUACUAUGAGAUACGCGCACGUAGCGGCGUCGGUAUUUGGCAAACGGUGACAACGUCGUGGACACCACCUCCGGUUCGUCUGCGAGCCCAGGUACCCCAGACCGCUGUUCCUACCACUUCUUCACCGUGUCUCUGUCCAUCCUUCGUUCAUCCUUCCUCCCUCGUCGUUAUCGUCAUCUACGUACACUCUUCUUCUUCUUCUUCUUCUUCUUCUUCUUCUUUCUCCUCCUUCUUCUCCUCCUCCUCUUCCUCUCCGCCCUCCUCCACUUCUCGGGCCAGCUUCUCGCUCCCUCUUCUUCCGCUCCACGCACUCGGUCGUCUCCCAUUUUCCGUCUCUCGCUUCACUCGCUUCUCUCUUCUCUCGCGUAAGUGAGGCACGAGGAGAGAAGGGGCAAAGACGCUUUUAGACACGGAGCGUCCACGAGCGUCGCGACGCCUUGAGAAGCAGUAGUCGCGUACCUUAGGCAGCUUCCACCUUGCCGGCUCGCGGCCGCACGUAACGUGAUUCUCCUCGACGUCUGUUCCAUCAUCAUCGCGUUCCAUUCCUCCAAUUUCUCGCUUCCUUUCGAAACUCGCGCUCUUCGACUCGCUCCGGAGAAUAAUAAUCGAAGGAGCGUGAGAUCGGCCAGUGCGGGGGGAACUCGUCCCAUCCUCCAAGAUACGUAUUUUUCCGCGGAAGAAUCGAAAGUUUUGGAAACUUUGUGCGCGAGAAUCAUCGGGAUCCGAGGUAAAAUUGUGGCGAUGAGGAGUCUAUUGGGGGAUUUGUGAAAGGUGGAUGGUGGACGGGAGGAUUUGGAUCGAUUUGGAGGCGAGGGACAGCGUGUCGUUCCUCGGCAUCCGUGACGAUAGUCGGAUGCGAAGGAGGAGGUGCAGGGAGAGAGAGAGAGAAAGAGAGAGAGAGAGAGAGACAGUGGUUAGCUGAAUCCGCGAAGUCUAAAUUAAUCUGGAGCCCGUUUUGUUGUUGAAGUUUUCGACGGCCCUGCUGCUAGUCGGCGUAAAAAGAGCGUAAAGUUUCGUACCGCGGAAUAAAAAUAAUCGUACGAUACCGAGAGAGAGAGAGAGAGAGAGCCGAGAGAUCCGAGAUCAGCCUCCGUUCCCGAAGAAUUACGUGUUCUUACCGGAACGGGAACGACCUGUAAAUUUCCUCCGCUCGAUGAACAAGUGGCCGUUCUGGCGUUUUUCCCUUUUUUCUUUCCUACUUUUUUCUACAUUAUAGAGAAGAACGCUUCUGUCUGUACUUUCCUCCGAGGCAAGGAGAAGGAGAAAGAGAAAGAGAAAGAGAGAGAGCAUUUUCCUCAACGAGCAUUCCGUACACGUAUCCUCCUCGAUGUUGCUCCCUCAAGUGUAAACGGGCAGGUUGGCCAGCCUAAAUUCGCCCAAAUUUCCGCUCCUUUCGUCUCGAUACACGAUACAUCCUCCUCCUCCUCCUCCUCCUCCCUGAAGAAACUGCGUCACUCAUCGAUCAGAGGAGAGAAACUUCGCCUCAAUUUUUCACCCGGCUCAGUUCCACGUCGGUUACCUCGGAUCACGGACAGUGUACGAACAGUCCAUCCCAUUCUCGAUCAAGAGGAAACGUUUCGGUGUCUUUUCCCCUUUCUCCCGUGUUUUAAUGCGUCCUCCCUGAGAGGAGGGGGAGGAGUGGUCGUCUCCCUCGCGAGUGAAUGUCGCGAGCGUGGCCCGGUCUCUAUAAUGAUAUAAAGUGGACCGUUCGGAGGAAAGGACGAUCGACAGAUCGGUGGUUGAUCGCGUUCGAAGAGUAAGGAUAAUACGGCGAAAGUGGUUCGCGUGGCGAGGAAGGAGAAGGACGCGGCCAUGGCGGAGCGUCCUGGGGGUAGGAGGCGUUCGAGGAGGGACAGCGUGGAGACGGGCGGCUCGUUGCGGGGCACACCGCCGACCUCGAAGGAACGAAGGACGAAACGGUCGAGCAAACCGUCGAAAGAGCGAUGGCUGCUGACGAGGAAGACGUGGAGGUACAUGGCGGACGCUGGGAGGCGAUUGAUCCCGGACGGGGCGCACAACAGGCCCGAGGAUAUCCCGAAGAUCGAGCAAUACUUUCAAGAGGUGUGCCAGAAGGAGCCGAGGUUUCUGCUGUGGAGGAAAGCUUCGUAUCCGGGGACGUUGGGCUUUCGUUCCCAGAGGCGGCGAAGGCAGGUGAAGGGGGGCAGUUGUCGCACGAAGGCCAGCUCGGCCGACGAGGCGGACGAGGUGGCGAGGAAUCCGCCUCGAGGCUUCGUCCUUCAGACAACCACCGCGGGCAAGUUCGACCUUGCCAAAGCUAAGAGGGAGUGGUUGCUCGCGACCGAGGGGGGCAGCACGCCGUCCAGCCCCGUGGAGCGGAGGAAAUUCCUGCAGGAGGACUCGGAGGUGAAAGCGUUGGCCGAUAUGCUGCAGAAGUACCUGAACAUGCAGAGCGAGGUCGGUGGGGGCGACGGGAUGAGAUCGACGGCGCGAUCAGGGGUGGUGGGCGAGGGGGAGGGGAAGGAGUCGUUCGAUUAUCAGAACCUGAUAACCAGGUUGCAGCAACAUUUGGAUUUAAUGAUCGCUCAGGCGAAACUCGAGGAGUUGUCCGUCCAACGCGCCGCCACCGACAAGGAGAAGGUGCCGAGAUCGAUGCAAUCGUAUCAGGGUGACUACGUGCACAAAUCGUUGAUGGAGACGAUCAGCCGGCACUACAGCAAGUCCGGGACACGGGAGCACGUGAUCUCGGCCAUACUCACCGAUCGAAAGCUGUUGGAGAAACUGUACUUCGAUCUGAGAUGUACCAGAGGGUUCAGGGGGCCACGCGCUACGGGCGCGUACACGUCGCCGUCUUCGCGCUGGUGGACUCACCAACGGCCCAGGGUCACGUCCAAGGAUUCCGCGGAAGAUUGGCUCUCGAAAAGGGAUCCCAUCUCCCCGCCGUUGAUAGCCGUCCAAGAGCCGAGCACCGAUCACGGCCCGGUCGAGGACGGGGUGCAAACGGAUCCCGUCCCCCGCGAAGUUCUCGACGCCGCCCUCCUCGAGAGGGAGAGGGACGAGUCGAAGGAGGUCGUGGCCGUGCACAAGUCGACCGGUCGUAGGCGGAGCAGCGUGGACAACGACGACGUCUCGCCGUCUGUCAGCGACACCAUCAAGAGGUAUCUUCGAAUGGCGAGGAAGAAGUCGAUGGACGCCGACAAGGUGGACAGAUUCAAACGGGUGAACUACGACAGAAACUUGAGGAACAUCAAGGCCAAAGGGGAGACGACGAAGCUCGGCGACGACGACGGGAACAACAAGGGUUGCCAGACCGAGGACAACUGGGCCGUUAAUUACAGGGAGAUGUCCUCUGUCGAGAACCCGUCGGAGAAUCUGUCGGACGGUGACACGGCCACGUCUCCGCCGAGUAGGAACGCGAGCUCGAGGAGCAGCAUCGACGCCGGCCUCGGCUCGGAAGAGCCGUUAACCCCUAAACACCAUCACCACCAGUCCUUCCUUUCCCAUCUCCUGCACGGUUCCAACGCGCACAAGGAUAAACCGCAUUCGGCACCCGGUUCGCCGGCACUCACGUCAUCGUCCGCCAAUUCCGCAGGUGGCACAGCGAUGCAGAAGAGCAAAUCGUCGAGCAGCGUGGUGCAUCACGGUAGCCGGCUGGUGGCGAAGAAGAUAUGGAGGUCCAGGAGCAAGAGCACCUCGAGGGCGUCCAAUCAACCCUCCGUGUGGACACCGCAGGGAAAGUGUACCUGGGCGGGAACCACUGGACGACGGGUCACCCUGCAGGAUACACCGUUAAGGUCGUUGUCAGAAAUCGAAAGGAAAGUGUUGUGCAAGGUGGCUGUUGCGAAACUUCAGGCCCUUAAUUUGGGUGUUCACAUUAGGCCACCCAGCGAAUCAUUCGGUAGCAAUACCGUUGUCACGAAGCCCAAGAGAAGAGCACCUUUGCUCAAGAGGAAAGCUCUUACCACUGGCUUUUUCGACAAUAAGGGAAAAGACGAUAAGGAAAAGGAUUCGCCCGGUGGCCUGGUAUUUGGCAUACCGCUGUCACAGUGUUUGGAGAACGAUAGGAUCGCUAGAAUCGCCGCUGGUGAGGUCUCGGAUGUUGGCUGCUUGUCGAGGAGCAGCAGACACGGCAGCAGAACGAGUUUCACGAGCCUGAUCGAACCGACAGUCGCUGCUAAGACGGACGAGGGUGGCUCGUCCGAAUCGCUGUCGUCGAAAGGUGGGGCUUUAACCGGAAGCGACUCCGGGGUGCUCGAGCUGAGCGACAGCGGUGGAGGAGGCCCUCCAGGGGAAUGGGACGCGGUUCCAGGAAUAGUCAGACAAUGCAUCAGGCACCUGGAAAACACCGGCCUCCGGACACUGGGCGUUUUCCGGGUGUCGCCUUCGAAGAAGAGGGUCAGACAGUUGAGAGAAGAUUUCGACUGUGGCCGCGAGACAAAAAUCGGACCCGAUCAAUGUCCCCACGACGUGGCAGCCCUUCUAAAGGAGUUUUUUCGUGAUCUUCCCGACCCUCUUCUGUGCAGGGAUCUCUAUCAAGCUUUCGUCCACACGCAAAAGAUCCGGAACAGGAGACUUCAGCAAGAGGCACUUCAGCAUCUCGUCCAACUGCUGCCAACGCCGAACCGCGAGACUCUUUGGGCACUUUUGAACUUCCUCAACGUGGUGGCGGCGAACAGCGAAGAUCAAAAGAACGAGAGGGGUGAAUGGGUGGCGGGGAACAAGAUGGACACGACCAACUUGGCCACGGUGUUCGCCCCAAACAUCCUCCACUGCGUGAAGCCAGGGCAAAGGUCUGAAGUGUCCGCGGAGAGGGCAGAAGAAAGGAUAGACGUGAUAAACGUGGUCAGAGCCCUUUUAGAACAUGCCACCACGUUAUUUACAGUGCCGGCAGCCCUUCUGGACGAGGUCUACUUGCACAUGAUGGACACCCAUCCGGCCGAUUUGGAUCUCGCCCUUUCUCGACGUGUCGAAGAGCAAUGCGGUGACGAGGCGGAUCCAUGCAGCGAGGCUGAAAACUUCUCGGUCGAGGAGACGACGCUUACGACGUCGGCAACGACCACGGCCGGGACCACCACCUCGACCAGAAAGGUAUGGACCAGGGAGCAGUGUCUUCAUCAGACGGCGGGCGUGGGCGGUGAUAUAGGUCCAAGGCCGAGGCGGCCAAAGAGGCCUGGAAGCCGACGAAAGGAGGAGGGAAGGAGCAAUAGCGUGGACAGCGGGUCGAGCGAGGAUCCAGCUGACCCGCGAAGAAGAUCCUCGCCUAUGGUGAUCACCGCCAGCCUCACCAUACCGAUGUCCGGAGCGUUCACAUUGAACCUCGACGAUCCGGACAUACCUUACAUCGAGGAGACUCCGAAGCAGCCCAGCGCGCCUCCGAGAAGGCAGAGGCAACGAUCCAUUUCCGGUUGCAGCGAAGGUGGAAGGCACGGAAGCGACAGCGCCGUGGGUUCUUCCGCGACGUUGUCGGGCGACCAGGUGCCGAGUUCUCCACCCUCGUGGGCGUCAUCGCCGCCGGCGAGCCCCGACAGCGCGGUGACCGCCGUCUCCUACAUCCCCGACCAACAGGCCGUUCUCCAAAGGGUGUCGUUCACAACGUCGAGCGAGGUGCGCCAAGUGACCAGGUCGAGCAGCAGUCAGGAGACGUCGAGGAGCACCGCUGCCCCGUACACGCCGAGCAUCACGAGCAUCGGUGGUGCGGUUUUGAGGUCCAAGACCGCGGAUAUCGAGAGGAUGUUGCAGAUUUCCAGACCGGAUACCGGGAUCAGCCUGGGAUCGCAGCAGGCCAAGACCACCUCGUCAACCUCCUCGGAGAGCAAGAAAUACACGAAGAGGCGUUACACGGAUUCCAGACACCAAACUCGUCACAUCCCCGAUUCCGACACGUUGGCGGGGAAAAACACCGUCUCGGUCUCGUCCUCGUCCUCCGUGGCCAUUUCCUCCGCGUCCUCGGCGGCAGCCGGGCAAAACCAACGAGGUGGGGCAGCGCAGCCGGUGUGGAAACGGCGGGAACUCAUCUCCAGCGCGCCCAAGGACAGGGAGGGUUACUUCUGAACGACCCCGAUCGAAUCGAAUUUCCGUGGAUCGCCUCUUUUCAGAAGACCAAUGCUUCUCUUUCCCCGGAACACAAUUUUUUCGUAUCGAUUUUUUGGCGAUCGAGUUUGAAAAGAAUCGAAAGGGAACAUGUAAUAUCCCUACAUUGGCCGACGAUAGAAAAUUUGACAGGGAAAAUUGUAAAAAUUGGAACCAAUUAUCGAAAUAUGAAUUCUAUCGAUGGAAUACAAAAAGACGAAUGAAUGAAACGCUCUUUGAUAUAAUACUUUGAAUAUAUUCUUUCGAAAAUUUUUCACGUUGCUCGAACGUAAGACCAUUUCAAACGUGCCUUCAAUCAUUAGGAUUCCUCUUAUAAAUAACGUACGAGAUUGCUACAAUCUCUUUUUAUUUGUUACUUGAGAGAUCUCAGAGAAUCAGAAUUUACGGCAGAAUUUACGACAAUCCACGAAUUGUUCCAAGGGAAAUAGAAUUCGAAGAGGAUCCAUACCAAUAGGAUACGAUUCGAUAGGCCGAUAAGAAAAAAAGAAAGUGUAAAAAAAAAAAACAAUAUAGUCACUGCCGAUCAGGCGUGGCCUGGCAAAAGUGUUCCUCGACGCGUUCCUCGUUUCGAAAACCGAGUGAACCGUAUUUUCGUAUUCGUGGGGUGUCUAUUUGGUUCCUAGACUACCGUCCUCGCGCUCUUAAAGAUCUCCGUGACGAAACGCACGAAACCCUCUUCGAAAGUCUCCAUCUGUCUCAAUCUUUUCUUUCAUCAUUUCAUUUUCCGUCUCCAAUCGAGAUCAAUCGUUCGAACGAGAGAUCGUUCUUUCUACGAUGCGGUUAAUUUAUACGAAAAAAGGAAAGGAAAAAAAAAAAGAAAAGAAAAAAAGGAAACAAAUCGAUCUUGUACGAAUCUACGAACGUAACAUUCUAAUGUAGUAGCGACACCGUUAGAUUUGUAAAUUAUUUUUAUUACUCUAGAUCCCCUUCUCUCUCUCUCUCUCUCUCUCUCUCUCUCUUCCAACGUUUGUCGAUAAACUCGCGAAAAAAGCAGGUUUGAAACUGUGACAACGGAGCGACGAGCCAAAGUUACAAAGAAAGAAGACUAGUCUCGAGUCCAUUGAACUCGUGUCGGGCCAUUCUAUCUCUCUGGAUCCAUAGUUGAGCAUUCAAAUAAAAACGAAUAAACGCGUCUCGUUUUAUCCGUAUCCUCCUUCUCGAGCCGUGGAUUUCGUAGAUUAUUAUUAUUUUUGUACAGUUACAGGUAUCUGUAACCGAACUCGUGAUCAAGAAAGAAACGAAACAAAGGAUCAGAAACAGUUCAGAACAACAACCAACGAAUCUUUUCUUUUCUCUCUCUCUCUCCUUCUCCCUUAUUCGAUACUCUUCCCUCUCUCUCUCUCUAUUUCGACGAAAAAUUCUCUUCCAUCCCUUCCGAUCGUUCCGUUCGUGCACGAGAAGAUGCGUUGAAAGAAUCCGUGUACUGCCGUGAGGGACGCGUGGCCCGAAAGACGCUGUUGUUCGUGUCGUUUUAAGUUUUCAUUUUCAGUCUGUAAGCUAAUAAAUGAAACGUUAAUUUUUUUACCA